AUGGCUGUUAAAGAAACAUAUGGAAUUAACAGUGCUGCAAUUCCUUGUUUGAAUCAUGAUAAAGAGUAUAAAGAGAAUUCUACUAUGAAUGAUAGGCCUGUCUUACUCCAGCUAUUUGUUACAAUCAGUCCUAAACUAUGUCAGGCAGUAAAACAUCACGUUGUGCGAUUGAAAAGAAUCAUAUGUGGUGGCAAUAUUUCUGCUGAAAGAAAUUCUAUUGAGGAAGAUAUUGUUGAUGUUGAUACGUCAAUACAGUUUAAGAAUACACCAGACUCUUUUAUGAAUCUUCCUAUCGACUCAUAUCCCCUUGUGAUAACAUUUCAGAAGUUUCUAAUGAUGCUUGAUGGGACUGUGGGAAUUUCCUAUUUAGAGAGAUUCAGUGACUUAUCUUCUGAUGCUAAGAACCUCAGUGCAAGGUCUGUUGCUUUGGAAACAUUCAUCAGAAAGAAAGAGGUAACUUAUGACAGGUUUGAUUCAUUGUAUUGGCUCCAUUUUAAUUCUCAGUACACUAAGAAACUUGAUUCCUCUAGGGUGUUCACUGAAAUCAUAUCCCAUAUAAAAGGGGGUAUGCAAGGGGUGGAAUCUAGCGAUGGUAAGCUAAGCCGUGAGGAAUAUCUUUCAUUAUCUGAAAAUCAAGGAUCAAGUCUUACCAGGCCGAAAAGAGAGAUCAUACAUGAUGUUUAUCAAAGUUAUGAGAAAAUGAAGAAUGAUAAAGGGGAUUUUGAUUUGGCGGACAUUGUAAUUUACCUUCACCGUCGUCUCAAAAUGAACAAAUAUGAGGGUGACAAGAUGCACUUUUUGUACAUUGAUGAGGUUCAAGAUUUAACCAUGACUCAAAUUGCUUUGUUCAAAUAUGUGUGCCAAAAUGUAGAAGAAGGUUUUGUGUUUUGUGGGGCCACUGCUCAAACAAUAGCAAGGGGACUAGAUUUUAGGUUCCAAGAUAUCAAAUCUCUCUUUUACAUGAAAUUUGUGCUAGAAUCAAAGGGAAACACAUACAAUCAAGGAAAAGUGAAAGGGAAAAUUUCAGAAACUUUUUUAUUGAGUAGGAACUUUCACACUCACGCUGGAGUGCUGAAACUAUCCCAGAGCACCAUUGAACUUCUUUUUCGUUUUUUCCCUCAUUCUAUUGAUGUUUUGAAACCUGAGACCAGUUUGAUAUAUGGGGAAUGUCCAGUGGUUCUUAAAUGUAGAAGUAGAAAAAAUGCAGUUGUAACUAUUUUUGGCAACAGUGGACAUGUGGCUGGAAAAAUUGUUGGCUUUGGUGCAGAGAAAGUAAUUUUGGUAAGCUAUGUAGGGAAGAAGGCUCUUGUUUUAACCAUUCUAGACUGCAAAGGCCUUGAGUUUCAGGAUGUAUUGCUGUACAACUUUUUUGACUCUUCACCUUUGAAAAAUCGAGGGAGAGUGAUAUAUGAGUAUAUGAAGGAACAAGAUAUGCUAGAACCUACAGAACAUAAGUCGUAUCCAAAUUUCAGAGAUUCCAAACACAAUCUCUUGAGCUCUGAACUUAAGCAGUUAUAUGUGGCUAUAACUCUUACAAGCAGAUUGUGGAUAUGUGAGAAUACGGAGGAAUACUCUAGACCUAUGUUUGAUUAUUGGAGAAAAAAGGGUCUUGUAAAAUUUAAAGAACUGGAUGAUUCACAUGCUCAAGCAAUGAAAGUUGCUAGUACUCCUGAAGAGUGGAGGUUACGUGGCAAAAAGGUUGUUUUUAUAAUUGACCAUUACAUUCAUUAUGCUUUUACAGUAAUGAAUUAAAAUAACAUAUGUCAUGCUUUAUCUUCAU